AUGGAGCAGGUAGUGAUCGACGUGCUAACCAAGACGCUGCAUUCUCCAGAGCUGCGGUGCUGUACUGGCUCUGCUGCCCUGUGUCAGGCGGUCGCCGUAGAGAGCCCGGGCAGGUGCCCAGGGUCGCCGGGCCCUGGGUCCGCCUAUGAUUCGCUCGUCUUUGCUUCUGCCAAUCUGCCUGUAUGUCAGCCUGUAUUCUGCCUGCCGUCUUCUACAGGGAUGAAAGGUGUUCGAUGGAAUGCCGUGGACAAAGUCUUCAUCACUAGUUGUUGCAUCCUCAAAGCAAAACUAUUGAUACUAAAUGCAUUGAGACCAGAGAGUGUUCUGUUUGUUGACAAGUCUCAGAAGGAAUCAACUAACUCCCACACAAGAAUACAAGACAGGGUGAUGAGAGCCCUUGGUGUAGCACAUCUUCAAGUUCUCAAAGGUCGUCUGGACUACAAGAAGAGCGUACUUGUUGAUCCUGAGGUGAAGAGGAUCCAUGAUAGUGCCAUCAACACCUGGCUGAAUGAGCUGAAAGACAUCAUGUAUGAUGCUGAUGAUCUGAUUGAUCUCUGUUCCAUCAAGAGCCAGAGAUCAUCCCAUAGCCAGCUAUCCUCUAUGCUGAAUCAACGGGAUAGAGAAGGCAUUUCGCAUUUCGGCUCAGGAUUUGGUUGUGUUACUGAAACUUUUGAUGAGAUCAAUUUGCUGAAGCAGAUGAUUAGGGAAGCUGGAGGAGGUGCAGAGCAGCAAACCACCAGAGCAGAGCUUCUUCAACCCAAUGGGAUCCUAAUUAGUACAAGGCACAGAGCAGUAUUACAAGAAACAAGAUCAGUACACAUUCACCGUGUACUAAAGAUGAACGAGGACACUGGCUUAGAAUUGCUACUGAAAGAUAUUUUGAGAAAGCAGGAAAUUGAAAAGGGAUACCUUUUCUGCUCAAUAUUCCCUGCGAGCUCCCAAAUUCAUAAGGAUGCCAUUUCUUACUGGUGGGCAGCUGAAGGCUUGGUGAGCCAAAAGGGCAGUCUUUCAAUGCAUGAUGCCACUGAAGGCUAUUACGAUGAGCUUGUCAGAAGGAACCUCUUGCAGCUACACCCAAGGUAUCUUGACAAGAGCAGAUCUACAAUGCACGAUCUUCUAAGGUCACUAUCCCAGUAUCUGUCAAAAGAUGAGUCUAUGUUCAUUGAGGCGCGCACGAUUACAGAUUCUGUACCAAUGUUGCGCCAUGUGGGGAUUGCUAAUGUUGGAGAGAGACUGCGGGCUGCACUGAAAAAGAUUGUCCGUUUGCGUCCUGAACUCCUGAUGCCACAUCUCAAGCGCCUGAUGCUCAUCAACUGCCUCAAGCUACAUGCUCUUCCAGACGGGCUGUCAAAACUAACCAGCUUACAAAGGAUUCAAAUCGAAGGUGCAGAUAGCCUCGAAGAGGUUGCAAAUCUGCCUGCAGUGGUCUGGCUCAAGGUCAGGAACAACAGAAGCUUGAGAAGGCUCUCCAAUCUGAGGAGUUUGGAGAGAUUGCUUGCCCAAGAUUGUCCUGCACUAGGAAUUGUGAAGAUGCCACAUUCACUUCAGAAAGUUUUCUUGGUAGACUGUCGUAUGGAGGAAGACAUCAGGGCAUGUUUACCACAACAUUUGGGGAUCCUACUACAUGCUUCAACAACCGGUGGCGAUGACAGGGAUAUGUUUCCUAAUGAAUCAAUAUACAACUGA